AUGAAGCUUAAAAAAUUAAAUACUCUUAAGACAGAUACAGAUUUACCAUCAAUCAAUUUACAAUCCUCAAAAUAAACUUCUAAACCUAUUAAGUUACCAUUUCUUUUAUUGUCUCCUGCUCCCUAAAGGAAAAAUAAUCUAUCGUUUCAUUAGCAUCCAAAAAAGGUUUCCCCAGAUUCAAUAUCUACAUAGAAUUUCAAAUCCUUUCGUGAAAGAAGUAUUACUUUAAAUAGAAAAAACUUAUCCUAAUUUAUUGUACAUUCGAAUUUUAUUUAAGUAACCCAAUCCAUUAUAGUCAUUAUAACGAUAACAUAUAGUUCAUAAAUAUAGAUUCGAGGAAUAAUUAGAAAAAAAUUAAUCAGAAAAUCAACAAAGUAGAGAUUGCUAUAAUGAAUAAAUAUAAACUGAAAAAAAUAACUCACGUUGUUAAAAUAAUAGAAAAAUAUAUUAAACCUAAUUCAAAUUAAAUGAUAACAAAACUAAAUCAAAGAUUAAAUAAUAAUAAACAAAAAAUAAUUAAAUCUAGAAAGAAUAAUCUUAAAAGAAAUACUCAUUUUAAUGCUUUUAAAAAAUUAUUCCAAAAUAUCAUUAAGAAUAUACUCAACAAAUGAUUAAGUAAUAACCUAAUUUUUUAGAAUUUGGCAAUUUUCAUUAUCAAGAUAACUAAUAAAAAUGGGUUACCGAUUAUGAAAUUGCUUUAAAUAUGAGUGGUAUAUAUAUCAUUUAAUGAUAGAAAUAUAAGAAAUGAAUGAAGAUGUUCUUUCUUCAAAAGCAUAAAGUACUUUUUUUAAUAAAGUCUGUUGA